AUGCAGAGAAUCUUUUCGCUUACACUCAACGACGGGAUAAAGAGCUUCCAGAAAUCUAUCGAUGCGCUUACAAACAAGAUCGCUGAUCCCAUCUUUACCGAUAAACUAAAGAGAUACACCGAUGCGGAUGAGGAUCUCAAAGCUACUAUCCGCUUAGAAGCAGAAGACGAGAAUAUUGAUCUCAUUGUGGCUAUUUUGCGCUCUGACCUCAUCGAGCCUGAGUUGACGGGCGAGCAAAUCCAGCGCCUUUUCAACGCCUAUGUCGCGUUCAACAACGCCGUUGAGAAUGUUGACGAGGAGCUGAAGCAGGGUGCACAGCUGUUCUCAUACCUGAAGCAGCUUCUCAAGCUCUGCACAAGACAGCGAGACAAGGCUAUGAUGUUGCAAUUAAUCGAAGAGCCUGUGACGCUACAGCUAUUCCGAGACCUGUUUACAAUCUUUUACGAACCCCUCGUUAGAGUGUACAAGUCCGCCAAUGUCUAUAAUAGCGUUACAGACUUUGCAGUCUUUAUAGAUGACAUGAUUCAGGUGGGUUUCGUUGUCGACAAGUGCAGAGAGCAAGAUGCUUCGGCAGAUCCUAACCAGACUGUCCAGGCUUUCAUCGAUUUAUGCCAGAGACACGAGCACAAUUUUUACAAGUUUGUUCACGAGGUCCACACACACGACAAUGGCCUCUUCACACAGCUCAUGGGUUGGAUUGAAGGAAUUCUCGAGUUCCUUCGCCAUGGACCCAAGAACGGAACCCUUAAUGUUAAUGCAUUGUUCGAAGGCGGCGUUAGCGCAGGCGUUUUAGGCAAGGAAAAGGCCAUCCAAGAGAUCAAUUCCCUCAUCUCCUGGCAGGAGGCGCGAAAGAAGUGGCAUCACGACAAGACACGACAGAAGAUGGCGGCAGAGGGCCAGGCUCCAACUUCGGUGGGAGCAGUUGGUGCGGGUUUCGACUCAAAUGAUUUUGGUCUAGACGGACAAGAUCUUCAAGAAAUGGCGUACGACAUUGAUUCCGAGUCUGAGUUCGAGGCAGAGGAGGAAGAUGAGCUGGAUCCAAUCUCUGCCGAGAGACGCAGGAGAGCCAAGAAGCAAGAUCGACUCCGCCGUAGUGCAGGGGAGCCGACUAAGCCUGAGAUAUCUGAAGUUCACAAGCUGCAUGACAACUUCUUGGUCAUGUUGAGGGAGGUACUGGCGGAUUAA